GAUAGUUGGCUUUCCUUUUCUGUUCCCAUAAGUUCCUCAAGAGCCAGUUUGAAUAUUGUCAGAGAUUUUACUUGGUGGAAGGGCUUUUCUCAGGUUAAACAAACCCUUCGUAGCAUCAGAAAAACACUGGAAAGGAGUGCUUAACAGAGUAGGACAAAAAGGGUUCCGAGUUAUGGGGCGGUGGUUCUUGUUUCUUCUUGGAUUGCUUUUGACUGUAUCUGGUGGUAGAGGUAGCGGUGGCAAUGUAACGUACGACGGAAGAUCUUUGAUCAUCGACGGCCAACACAAGAUUCUGUUUUCCGGCUCAAUUCACUACCCUCGUAGCACUCCUCAGAUGUGGCCAUCUCUGAUAGCCAAGGCCAAAGCUGGAGGACUAGAUGUCAUUGAAACCCUGGUAUUUUGGAACCUACAUGAGCCCCAACCAGGACAGUUUGAUUUUAGUGGAAGACGCGAUAUAGUAAGGUUCAUUAAGGAAAUUCGAGCACAAGGUCUAUACGCAUGCAUUAGGAUCGGACCCUUCAUUCAGGGCGAAUGGUCUUACGGGGGUCUGCCAUUUUGGUUGCAUGACAUUCCAGGGAUAGUUUAUAGAUCAGAUAAUGAACCCUUUAAGUAUCAAAUGCAGAAGUUUGUGUCAAAGAUAGUGAGCAUGAUGAAAGCGGAAAAUUUGUACGCUUCACAGGGAGGGCCAAUUAUUCUGUCACAGAUUGAAAAUGAGUAUGGAAUGGUACAAGCAGCAUUUAGAGAGAAAGGGCCUGCUUAUCUUCGUUGGGCUGCAGAAAUGGCUGUGGGGCUUCAAACUGGCGUACCAUGGGUGAUGUGCAAGCAAGAUGAUGCUCCUGACCCUGUGAUUAAUGCAUGCAAUGGGAGGCGGUGUGGAGAAACAUUUGCUGGACCUAACUCACCAAAUAAGCCUGCAAUAUGGACAGAGAACUGGACAAGCUUUUACCAAGUAUAUGGAGAUGAAGCAGAAAUCAGAUCAGCUGAAGACAUAGCAUUCCAUGUUGUACUCUUCAUUGCAAAGAAAGGCAGCUAUGUGAAUUAUUAUAUGUACCAUGGAGGAACAAAUUUUGGAAGAAAUGCAGCUGCAUAUAUGCUGACAGGUUAUUAUGAUCAAGCUCCUCUUGAUGAGUAUGGUUUGUUUAGGCAGCCUAAAUGGGGUCACCUUAAAGAGUUACAUGCUGCAAUCAAGUUAUGCUCAAAACCUCUUGUCUCUGGAGUAUAUACCACCAUGGCUUUAGGCCGAUCACAACAAGCCUUUGUUUACAGAGGAAAUUCAGUUGACUGUGCUGCUUUUCUGGUAAAUAAUGACACAAGGAAGAAUGUUGGAGUAACUUUUCUGGACUCACUUUAUGAAUUGCCUCCAAAGUCUAUCAGCAUCCUGCCAGACUGCAAGACUGAGGCGUUUAACACUGCUAAGGUAAGCACACAAUACAACACCAGAGCAGUGGAAACAAGACAGAAGCUAGAUUCAAUUGAAAAAUGGGAAGAAUUUAAGGAAGCUAUCCCUACUUUUGAGAAGACUACUUUGAGAGCAAACAUGUUGUUGGAGCACAUGAAUACAACAAAGGAUACUUCUGAUUAUCUUUGGUACACUUUCAGGUUUCAAAAUGAUUUUUCUGAUGCCCAAUAUGUGCUUAAUGUGACCUCCACUGCACAUGUAUUGCAUGCCUUUGUAAAUGGAGCAUCUGUGGGUUUCACUCAUGGAAGUUAUAAGACUAAAACUCCCAACCUAGAGAGGAAAGUUACUUUAAGUACCGGAACAAACCAUAUCUCCUUGCUUAGUGGAAUGGUUGGAUUACCGGAUUCAGGAGCAUACCUUGAGAGAAGGGUGGCAGGAGUAAGUAGAGUGAUCAUCAAGGGUGAACAUGAAAUUAAAGAUUUUACCAGCUAUUCAUGGGGAUAUCAGGUUGGGCUGUUAGGUGAGAAAUUACAAGUAUACACAGAUUUUGGAUCAAGCAAAAUACAAUGGAAUACCUAUGGAAGCUCGACUCAUCGACCUCUAACAUGGUACAAGACUCUAUUUGAUGCACCAGUUGGAAAGGAACCUGUGGCAUUAAACCUGGAGUCCAUGGGUAAGGGUGAAGCCUGGGUGAAUGGCCAAAGCAUUGGUAGAUAUUGGGUCUCAUUCCUUACCCCAAAGGGACGUCCUUCACAAACAUGGUACAAUGUACCUCGAUCCUUCCUCAAACCAACCAAUAACCUACUCGUUAUCCUAGAAGAACAAAGUGGAUACCCUCUUGGUAUUUCUGUAGACACCAUAUCGAUCACAAAAGUGUGUGGUCAUGUGUCUGAUUCGCAUCUCCCACCAGUUAUUUCAUGGCGAGGACAAAAUAAAACAGAAGAAAACCACCACAAGAAGCACCAUGGAAGGAGGCCUAAAGUUCAGCUUAGAUGUCCUCCAGGAAGGAACAUUUCCAGCAUCUUGUUUUCAAGCUAUGGUAACCCUUCUGGUGAUUGUGGAAGUUAUGCCAUUGGGAGCUGUCAUUCAUCUAGCUCUUUAGCCAUAGUUGAGGAGGCUUGUCUAGGGAAGAGGAUUUGUUCCAUCCCUGUUUGGAGCCAAAAAUUUGGUGAUGAUCCAUGUCCAGGCAUACCAAAAACCCUGUUGGUUGAUGCACAGUGCACAUGAGAGUGAACAAUUUGUAUAGCUUAAUUUUUGGCAUUUUAAAGAUUGAAAAAUUGAUUCAAUAUGAAACCGGUUCACCCUUUUAGAUUUUUUUGCCUGUUAGUCAAUAUUAAAGCUAUAAAGCAUAUAUGUAAAUCUCAUUGAACGUGGGCUGUAAAUCGAAAUAUAUUGCUAUGAACAAAAGAAGGAAAAAGAAAGCAAAAUAAAAGAUAUUCAUCUUGUACAUGUCAUGCCAUUUUUGAA